AAACUCGCGGCCGGGGGCGUGGCGUGGGUUUUGCCGGUUCUAGCAGCAGACACAAUGAAACGAGGGGCAAUGUAGGACACCACGUUGAGGCUUGUAAUGCAGACACGCCGAUAGAAAGCAGAGGCCGCUGCUGAUGAGAACAAAACAACGAGUUGAACGUCUUUGGAGAAGAACCGAACGCACUCAGGAAGCUAGGCUCCCAUCAUAACUUUUUCUUUGUCAUUAAACGCAGUCGCGACAAAAUGUCGUUCGCCUACUCGGAUUAUCUGGCCGCCGAGUGUCUGGUGUCGAUAUCAAGCGGCCCCGUCCUUCAUCGACCCACCCCGGUGUCUGCUGCGGCUCAGGUCCCUACUCAGGGCCUUUCUGCCGUGGAGCCAGACGGGUCGAGCGAGGACAGGGAGGUGCGGGAGACGCUCCGGUUAGAGGGGGCCAACAUGAUGACGGUGGCGGAGAUCCUCACCGACCUGCACGGCAAGUUUCGUCCCAUGUCGGCCUAUUCCGAAAGCAGCAACUCGUCGUGCGGAGAGAGCGGCUACACCACGUUGUCUGACUCCACCACCCCAACGCCGACCAUGACCCCCUCUGCCACCCCUGUCCCGGGACAGUACAAUAACACCCCUCAGCAGAUUUGGGGAGGAGGGGGCGCCCCCCGGUCCCCCACCAAGCGUCACCCCUGUACCUUCGACGGGUGUGACCGGGUGUACGGCAAAUCAUCCCACCUGAAGGCGCACAUCAGGACCCACACAGGUGAGAGGCCCUUUCCGUGCACCUGGCCCGACUGCGAAAAGAAGUUUGCCCGUUCUGACGAGUUGGCUCGACACCUGCGUACCCACACUGGCGAGAAACGCUUCCUGUGCCCACUCUGUGACAAGCGUUUCAUGCGCAGCGACCACCUCAUCAAACACGCCCGCCGGCACCCCAACUUCCACCCCUUCAUGAUCAACCGCAAAGGUUCGGCUCAGGGAUCCGCCUCGACCCAGUCCACCACCGCCGCCACUUCGUCCUCAGACGCCUCCUCACCGGGACCACCUCUGUCUGCCACCACAGCUUGA